AUGUUUCUACACCUUGAUUGCAGUCAACCUGUGAACACAAAAGAUCAUUGUCUGGGUGUAAGUACAAACACUGUAGCAUCUAGAAUUCCUCAUGAGCCUUCUUUGCCAGUUUCUUCUACUCUGCCAGGGACAUUUGAACAAUCUCCUUCCUCAUCUCAAUCUCCCUAUGAUCCCACAGUUAUGGACAAACAGCAGAGAGAAACUCAAAAUAUUGAAAGACUUUCUUCUGUUCUUUCUACUGCUUGUAAAUCAUUACAAGUCAAUGGGGCUUUUGUAGCAGAGUGGCGGAAACCUAGUUAUGCAGAAAUCUGCCAGAGGAUUAGUAAGGAUCCACCUCCAUUACAGUCCCCAAAAGAACAGAAGCCAAACACUGUUGGUUGUGGGAAAGAGGAAAAGAAGCCCACAGAAACACUAGAAAGAAGCAAAGAAUUGCCUCCUGUGAAGUCUAAAGACCAACAGAGACCAUCAGGACGGAGGUCACCUCUUUCUCCAGCCAUUGGGAAAUGUCUAACUAAAGAAUAGAAUGCCCCUCCCAAAUCUCAAUGAAACUAGUACUUAGGAUGAAUUUCAAGAAGUUUUCACUAUGAAGUUACCCCAUGUUGCAACUCAGAAUACAAAGGAGUUGCUGGUUAAAAGCUUGCAGGGGGCAUGAAGUAUAUGAAAUGCUUGCUAGGUAUUUUUCAUUGU